UACAGCUUUCCUUCACAUGACUUUCUACGCAUGCGUACUCAAUCGGUAGUAACUAGGAAUGUUCAUGUUCAAUUAUCUGGGAAGCAGCUCGCGCUCGACACCACACAACAAAACGAGAUCCGACUGUCUUGUGCUGUUCUAGACAGGAAGCAGCACGUCGAUCUGCACGAGCCGCGUUCAGAAACUGAGGUAGCCAACGAGCCGCAAUGAACUUCUUCGGGUUCGGUCAGACUGCGGACAUCGAUAUAGUUCUGAAUGACGCCGAGACGAGGAAGAAAGCGGAACACAACAGCGAAGACGGAAAGAAGGACAAAUAUUUCCUAUUCUUCGACGGAGAGACGGUGUCGGGAAAAGUAAACGUCACGCUUAAGUACCCGGGAAAGAGGCUGGAGCACAAUGGCAUCAAAGUUGAGUUUGUCGGCCAGAUAGAGCUGUACUACGACAGAGGGAACCACCAUGAGUUUGUGUCUCUUGUGAAAGACUUGGCUCGGCCGGGAGAGCUGACGCAGUCUCAGACGUUUGACUUUGAGUUCACACACGUGGAAAAACCGUACGAGUCGUACACUGGUCAGAACGUCAAGUUACGUUACUUCCUCAAGGUGACGAUAGGCCGGAGGCUCAGCGACAUCACCAAGGAGCUGGACAUCGUGGUUCACACCCUGAGCACAUACCCUGACCUCAACUCCUCUAUCAAGAUGGAAGUGGGGAUCGAGGACUGUCUGCACAUAGAAUUUGAGUACAACAAAUCCAAGUAUCACUUAAAAGAUGUGAUUGUUGGGAAGAUUUACUUCCUCCUGGUGAGGAUUAAGAUCAGACAUAUGGAGAUCGACAUCAUCAGACGAGAGACCACCGGCACAGGACCCAGCGUUUACAACGAGAAUGACACCAUAGCCAAGUACGAGAUUAUGGACGGCGCUCCGGUCAGAGGAGAAUCCAUUCCCAUCCGGCUGUUUCUGGCAGGCUAUGAGUUGACGCCCACCAUGAAAGACGUCAACAAGAAGUUUUCAGUGCGAUACUUCCUCAACUUGGUUCUCAUAGACGAGGAGGACAGACGCUAUUUCAAACAGCAGGAAAUCAUUCUGUGGAGGAAAGGUGACAUAGUGAAGAAGAGCAUGUCUCACCAGGCCAUCAUUGCUGCGCAGCGCUUCGAGGGCUCCUCCAAUCCAGAGAGGUCCCACAGUCAGAGCGCUGAGGACGACAAGAGCUAAACCACGGCCACUCGGGCACUUCCACUUCCUGCUGUGUCUGAGUGAACACAGCUCUUAGGUGUCAGUCCAAAUGUUGAGUGAGUGAGUGAGUGAAUUCCAGUGUGUGUGUGUGUGUGUGUGUGUGUGUGUGUGUGUGUGUGUGUGUGUGUGUGUGUGCGCGUGUGUAUAUGCGUGCGUGUGUGAAGGGAACAAACAGUGCCACUCUGGGCUGGAGUUGUGUUGAUUUGAUUUUAAGCAUCUUGAAGCACUAUCUACAUGGAGCAGGCCACAUUCAGACUGAUGAAUCGGCGCCAGCAACUUUCUGUCUUUCCCUGUUCCACGUAAUCAGUCUGGAAAGGGUCUGUCUGCUUUAUCUGUGUGGCAUCUACAACAGCAGUCGCUUAGGAGGACAUCUUCCAAAGGUGCACUUCAAUCUGUCACUCACAGGUGUGUUUGGGAGAGCGUUGGAUGUUUAUACGUGGCUAGAAUAUUGCACUGUGAGGAAACUAGUCAUACAGUAGCUUUCUAAAGAGCGACUAAACAAUAGCAUUUAUCACACGUCUGUGACUCUUCACAGGAACCUAACAGUGUGAUAGGAACUCAUUAAUAGGAUUAUUUUUGCUGCCAUCUUCUGCUUUUUUUCUGCAAACUUUGCCUGUAUUUUGCAAACUUGGCUUGCUCCCAGAAUCCCAAACAGGAAUUGGCAAACCUCAUUAACAUGACAAACAUUGAUUAUCAUUUGGAAGAUAUUGUCAUACAUUCCAGUGCUGUUGUGAGCAUUCGGCAUGAUUGUAAGGUACUUUUUUAAAACUAAAAAAAAUGUUUAACCAACCUUUUACAUGUAGUACACAUUCAUCAAGCUGUUAAAAUGGAUUCUAUCACAAAUGGAGUUUUGGUAUGUUUAUAAUCUGGUUGUUACAGUCACCAAUGACUUGUUUCUGAGCCCAACUUUCUUAUUUUGCACUAUGACAUCCUUCUGUUUAGUUGCUUUCUGCUCUCUGUUCUGUUUGUGACAGAUGUAGUGGCAGGGGUUUAUGAGCACAACUUCUAAUUAUCAUAACUAGAGAUGCAUCAAUCAGAUGUUUUCUGACUAUUAGUGGUUUUCUUUGAGGUCUGACCUGCUGUUUUCUUAAAGAGUUUAACUUGGAUUCUGACAGACAUGAGAGUUUUAAAGUCAAAUUGUCACUAACCUCCAUUUGAUUUUUAUUCAGCUAAAAGCAUGAAGUACAUGCGGAGUUCUUAGUUCAAUUGAAUUUGAACAGAUUUUCUUUACGUCGACGCACGUAAGCCGAUCAAGGGAAAAUUGUACAAUUCCGAACACGCGCCAAUAGAUUGGUGCAUCUCUAAUCAAUAACAUCUGGUCUCACUUCAAUCUAAUCACACAUAGACACUUGAUUAUGUUCCUUUCACAAUAAUAUCAGCAGAGAAUGAAAGCUAGAUAAAUAACAGUGGUGUCUCUUAUUUAGGGCUUCUGUUUUCUUGCUGUUUUUAAUCCCACCAAUUACCUUGUUUAUGCUCACAAUGGACAGUUCACCAGUGGAACCUGAAGGUGAAAUUUGCCUUCGGCGUUGAUACGUGUGUCUGUGUGUGAUGACCUUGAAGUGACCUCUGCCUGUUGAUGGUUUGCAGGCUGAACUUUAGCCAGUUGUGUCUCUGUAUAGUUUAGUGCCAAUCAUCCAGAACACUCCCUGGGGUUCUCAUGUACCUUUCUUGAACUGGUUAAGCUGCUUUGGAUCAUGAUUUUAAAUGUAAAAGAGGGGGGGAAAGGACAGCUCUAUUUUAAUGAGCUCUUAGAUUCAAUAAAAAUUCCAAGAACUUUUUUCACUAA